UAAACUAGGCAAUGCUUUGUCCCUAACGUUUUGUGGUUUUUUGAGUUAUCAUAUAGCAUAAUGAACAAGGGAUUCAAUAAAAAUCAGAAAAUGUUAUGUUUUGCGUGUCUUAAAGAAAGUGAAAAUCUUAAACACUUAAAUGAAGACCACAAAAUGUUUAACGACUUUAGAACUUUAUUCCGCUUGGAGGUAGAACUUGAAGGAUACGCAAAAAACAUAUGCCAAGUUUGCACGGAGCAAUUAAACUCGUUCCUCAAAUUUUAUGAUCAAGUGAAAAAUAGUUUAGAAUGUAUGCGCGCAUACAAAAAAGAACAGAUGAAAGAAUAUCAAUUAAGUGGUAGCGAUCUUCCUGAAUAUGAAAGUGAGUUUUCAGAGUUGGAUGAUGAUGAGCCUUUAAUACUUCUUUCUCAGAGGAAACAAAAGUUAAUAAAAGUUCCAACAAAAGAUGUUGAACAAGCAAUAGCAAAUUAUCGAAAGCAAUGUAACCAGAACACCAACUGCAUUCUUUGUAGUUUCGUUGGUGUUAAUAUCAGAAACUUGUCUUUGCAUAUGAAACAUAAGCACAUAGAUAAAAGAAAUCUGUGGUGUUCAAGGUGUAAUUUAUUCUAUGAGGAUUUACAAACUCAUCUUGAAAAUCACAAUAAUUAUGUGUUUUGCAGUUUUUGUAAAAGAAACUUGUCAAGCAAUCAUUUUCUAGAUCAUUUGAGGGCUCAUGCAGAUUUGAAGUACAAAUGUAACCUAUGCAAUAAAAAAUUUAUUUCCCAAGAAUUGCUAACUGUACAUUUAGCUGCCCAUGAAAACACUAAACCUUUUGAGUGUCUCAACUGUUCCAAGAGAUUUAGAAAAUUACACACUUUUGAAGAUCACAUCAAGAUGCAUGGUCGAUAUACGUGUAGGGUUUGCACAAAACAUUUUGAGAUUCCUGAAUUGCUGACUUUACAUUUGUGCAGUGUCGACAAAGCAUCUAAUAAGAGCGAAAAAGAAGCAGAUAACGAAAAUGAAGAUCCCAAUUUUGAAGACAGUAAAGAUUUUAGUGCAGGUGCUCAGGAAAGUAUCUGCUGUAGAUUGGAAACAAAGCAAAUUGAGAGUUUGACCUGCCAGUUUUGUCAGAAAUCCUACACGACUGCAUACAAAUUGCAGAUGCACAUUAAAGGCCACUUGGGCAAACAUCCAUUCAAAUGUGUAAUGUGUCAGAGAGGUUUUGCUCGCAAAUCAGACUGCUUAAAUCACGAGAGAACUCAUACUAAAGAAAAAACUUUUAUUUGCAAGAUUUGUGGCAAGGGAUUGUCAAGUUCAGCUACUCUAAGGGUGCACCUGAAACAACACACGGGCCGUCCUGAGAAGUGUGAAAUUUGCCAGAAACAAUUCUGCAGGAAAUCAGAACUGACACUUCAUAUGCAAAAGCACAGAGGGGAAAGACCAUUCCUGUGUACAGAGUGCGGGAUGUCGUUUGCCCAAAGUAGUCACCUAACCUCUCAUGUAUCGAUCCACUCAGAAGCGAGACCCUUUAAGUGUCAGAGUUGUGAUAAAACUUUCAAAACCAAGGAACUGUUGAAGGUUCAUAUGAGACUUCACGGUGAGAAGAGGUUUAAAUGCUGUAUCUGCAUGUAUCAGUGCCACAAAAACUAUCGACUGCAACAGCACAUGAAAAUGCACCAGGGUAGAAGCGACCUAAAAUCCAACGUGUGCCAGCUGUGUAACAAGGGUUUUAGCAGCGCUCAGUUACUCAACAGCCAUUUGGCUAACACCCACAAUGUCAUAUGUUGACCAGAGCCGUUUACAACUUGUAUAUCGUCCGUCGUACAUUCAUGUAAUAAAGAGUAUUGGUUUAAUUAACACUUUUGUGUGAUAUACAUUAGGGUCAUUACUAAGAGUGAGAAUAAACUAUAUUGUCUGU